AUGAGUCAGAGCCAGAUAGUUGCUCCUUCCAUCUCCAACGUGGCCUCCUGGGCUCUCAAGUUCAGCCCAACUGCAUGGAUCAAGUCAUGGUUACUUUAUCUCGGCAUCGAAACUCAUGUCAGAGGAACCGUCGAGCCUGAGUUCAAACCAUUACAUGGUAUUUGCGAAUAUCUCCAUGCUCUGCAUAUCUACACCGAAGAAGCAAGACGUGGUGGGGUUCGAACGGUUUCAGCACAUCAUUUCUGUUCGCACGUGAGCAAAGAUCUGAGGCAGUGUUUGAUCUAUGACUCAUGCCGACCUGAUGCCCGUUUGAUUGGUGUCGAGUAUAUGAUCCCAAAAGCUCGCUACGCACAGUUAGACCCCGAGGAGCAGAAGCUAUGGCACUCCCAUGAAUUUGAAGUCAAGUCAGGGAUGCUAGUGCUCCCUUACCCGAGAUCACACGGUCAAAACAAGCAGGCAUGGGAUGAACUGGAGACCAAGGCGAUGGAAGAAGUCGUUGGGCUAUAUGGCAAACUCUACCACUUCUGGCAAGUUGACAAGGGGCACGAACUGCCCCUCGGUCAACCUACACUGAUGGGUUCAUUGACCGAGUCCAUGCAAUUGGAUGUCGAUCAGGAGAUGGCAUCGCGGAAUCAGGAACAGGGAAUUGACCAGGAGAGUAAGCGCAAGUUGAGAGAGCAUAUUCCACUUCCCGGGAUCCUUGAACCGUCUGAUGACUGGUGGAAGGAGGCGAAGAAGGAGAAGAGAGGUAUCUAUGCUCAUUGA